ACUCUGUUCUCUGAUUCUCAGUGGGGAUUGGACAGGGAUGGGGUUAUUAUUAAAUAAGUAAGAAUAAUUGGUUACUCAAAUUUAAAUCUCCGAGCAAUUUAAAUCACUUUCUCUUUCCGUUUCAUAAAAGUAUUCUGGAAAUUUUAUGUGCAGUUUCGAUCAUUGUUGUAGCAUUUUCUACGGUUAUCAAUUUAUUUAAUAAGAAGUGAAAAUGGAUGCUGAUAAUAUAAUUAAGUGGAACAACAAAGAAGUUAAUGAUUUGUUAUGUAAAGAAAAGAUUUCAAGUGUUAUUGUGGAUAUCUGCAGAACUCAAGACAUUGAUGGACAGUGUUUGUUGUCAUUCAUGGAUAGAGAUUUUUAUGAAUAUCCGUUUGAUAAAUUAAAAUUAGGUGAACGAAAAAGAUUCAUACUCUUAGUGAAAAAGUUACAAAAGGAUAAUAAAAAUGCAAUGUGCCAACUAGGAUUAUGUGACGAAGUCCUCAACCCUGCUACAAAUAUAAAUUUUUUGGGCACAAAUUUAUCACAUCUAAGUUAUAAUCUACACAAUCAGCUGCAAAGAGAAUUGUACACUCGAACUGAAGAUUAUGUAUCCAAUUACGCAGAUAAAAGAGCAUCUAAGUUAAGACCUGAAGUGUGGAAAACUGCUAUUGCUAUGGGCUAUGUGUUCCUGGUAACAUGGGUGACAGCAGUAGUCAUGGUGAUAGUGCAUGAUAAAGUGCCUGAUAUGAAGAAGUACCCUCCUCUUCCAGACCUCUUCCUUGAUAAUGUUCCACAUAUACCAUGGGCUUUUGAUAUGUGUGAAAUCACCGGAUCCUUAUUAAUGGCAAUUUGGUUGGUUGUGCUCUUCUUCCACAAACACAGGUUCAUUAUCCUGCGGCGGUUCUUCGCGCUCGCCGGCACCGUCUUCCUGCUGCGGUGCUUCACCAUGCUGAUCACGUCGCUGUCGGUGCCCGGCUCGCACCUCAAGUGCGAGCCGCGUUUCUACCCGCCCGCCGACGACCUCACGGUGUGGGGGCGGCGCCUGCGCCAGGCCUACGACAUCUGGAGCGGCGCCGGCAUGUCCGUGCGGGGCGUACGUACCUGCGGCGACUACAUGUUCUCGGGACACACCGUCGCUCUCACCCUGCUCAACUUCUUCAUCACCGAAUACACGUCGCGAAGCCUGUACCUGCUGCACAUCCUGACGUGGGUGAUGAACAUGUUUGGCAUCUUCUUCAUCCUGGCUGCACACGAGCACUACUCCAUCGACGUGUUCAUCGCGUUCUACAUCACCUCGCGUCUCUUCCUCUAUUACCACACGCUGUCUAACAACCAGGCGCUCAUGCGCAACGACUCCUCCAGGUAUUACACGAGAACCCGAAUAUGGUUUCCCUUGCUGUCAUUCUUCGAAUCGGAAGUCGACGGCAUCGUACCCAACGAAUACGAGAGUCCAAUGGAGAUAGCGAACAACCUGCGGCUGUGGCUGAUUCAGCUGGUCACCGAUGUCAAGACAUCCGCCGUGGCGAAGAUCGCGGGCACCAAGCUGCAGGAAGGAGCCGCCAUGGGCGAGUACUCCAUGGUCAAGUUGGUUGAUGGCAUCAAGCGGAACCUCAGUCUGAUAGAAGAGUUCAAGAACAGUCGACAGCCUCUGGUAACCCUCGAUAAAAAUAUUCAAGCAGGCUUACUUGACGAGAUUCCCGAAAGUGAAGUAGUGGAAACCCUGAGGAGAGAUUUUAGCAAUCCGCCCUCUCCUGUAAUGAAGAAGACCCUUUAAGGAUAUAAGAGGGUGAUCGACAAUUGUAAGGAGAUGAGAACAUAAUGUCUGUGUGAUUGUACUGCUGUGAUCUUCACUAGACUAGCCGGUGUAGUUUGUGACAUGAUUGCAACUUGAAUAUGGUUCCGCAAAUUGAACUUAAUACCAACACACUUAAGAGUGCAUAUCAGAUGUUUCCUCUAUUAUCUGGAAUAAGUAAGCUGUCCCAUCAACAGUAAUAGUAAUAACUAGUAGGAUUGAUAGGAUUAUUUCAAUAACUUCAGUUCCAGCCCACUUUAUGUUUCAAAAACAUUUCGAGCAGAUUGUUGUAAAAUUAUUACUUAUUAAUUAUUAGAGGAAAAAAAUAAUGAAUUGUAAUAAGUCAUCUGUGUGAAAGAAAAUGAGAGCGCGAGAUGUCAAUGAAUGAUAAAGUAUCAUUUAAGUAACCCGAAUACAUUGACCAUUAAAAUAAAUACUUCCAUGUUAAUGUACGAUAGUCGUAAUUAGUAUUACAUUUUUAGAUACCUGAAUGUUUACAUUUCCAUUUUAGAUUUUAUAUUGUUAUUCCAUAUUUAUGUUAAGUUAAGAAAUUAGUAAAUUUUUAAAGAAUUUAUUUGCUCAAACAAAUAAUCAUGAAAUUAUAUUAUUGUUUCGAUUACCGCCAA